AGAGCGUCAAGCUUCGUUUCGCUUCUUCCGGUUUCUAGCUGUCAACAUUCGGGCGGCUCAGCGCUCAGCUAGUCAGCACCGCUGCGGAGCUACGACGAUGUCGGAGCAGGGCACACUGAGGUGCUCCAGUGGCAGAAACCGCGGAGGCGUACAGAGGGUCGAAGGCAAACUGCGAGCCAGCGUGGAAAAGGGGGAUUACUAUGAAGCACACCAGAUGUAUAGGACGUUAUUUUUUAGGUACAUGUCACAGGCAAAACACAGCGAAGCCAGGGAGCUGAUGUACAAUGGCGCCCUACUCUUCUUCAGCUAUAACCAGCAAAACAGUGCCGCAGAUCUGUCCAUGCUGGUGCUUGAGGUGCUGGAGAAGUCAGACCGCAAAGUGGAAGAGGAUAUAUUAGAAAGCCUGGCCAAGCUGUUCAGUCACAUGGAUCAGAACUCUCCGGAAAGAGUAGCGUUCGUGUCUAGAGCCUUGAAAUGGUCCACGGGAGGCUCUGGCAAGUUGGGGAACCCGAAGCUACACCAGCUGCUGGCUGUCACCUUGUGGAAAGAGCAAAACUACAGCGAAUCUCGUUACCACUUCCUACAUUCGUCCGACGGGGAGGGCUGUGCACAGAUGCUGGUGGAGUAUUCGUCCUCCCGAGGUUACCGCAGCGAGGUUGACAUGUUUGUGGCCCAGGCAGUCCUACAGUUCCUCUGCCUAAAGAACAAAAACAGCGCUUCUGUGGUGUUCAGCACGUACACAGAGAAACACCCGUCCAUAGAGAGGGGUCCUCCAUUUGUUCAGCCCCUCCUUAACUUUAUCUGGUUUCUGCUGCUGGCAGUGGAUGGGGGUAAAUUAACAGUUUUCACAGUGUUAUGUGAGCAAUAUCAACCUUCCUUGAAGAGGGACCCCAUGUACAAUGAGUACCUCGACAGAAUAGGACAGCUUUUCUUUGGCAUUCCACCCAAACAAUCUCCGUCAUACGGUGGCCUCCUAGGAAACUUGCUGAACAGCCUGAUGGGAGCAGGCGAGGAGGAUGACAGUGUCGAGGAGGUCCAGGAGGACAGCAGCCCCAUCGAGCUGGAUUGAGCCACCGGUUUAGGAGGCGAAGAGCAAAAGAGAACACACACAAUAGGGAAGUCCACACCACUUCCACUAUUGGUGGAUGAGGUGAGGCGGCAGUUUUCAUACUUCCUCCUCCUCAAUAAUUUCCCUCAUCCAGUCCUAGAUCACACUGGACUGCAUCCAAAUAUUUUAUUUAAUCAUAACUCUUGUGUUUGACUCUGUUUUGAGUCUUGGUUUUGACACUCAUUGACUGCAUUAUAGACACAAAGUUCCCUUCUUUACAGUGUUGUUUUCUUACCAUGCGGUGCCAAUGUAUUCCUGUUGUCAGCAUUUGUCUGCACAUUUUUUCCUCACCCUUAAUUCAAAUGUCUUAGUAAUAAUUUAAAUUUGCCUGUUGUAGUUGAGUCAGUUUCUCAUUUGACAUUUUGUCCAUCAGUGGAAGACAAAAUGUAAUCAUCUUGCGCCUCCAAUAUCCAUUGUUGCUGGGCUGCUGGUUUCCAUCUCCAUGCGGACUUAAGUGUGGUGGUAAACGUAUAUGAGGCAAUGAGACUGCACUUUGCUUGGGCGUUUGUAGGGAAAUAAAAAAGAAGAGAAGUUGGGUGAAAUGAGAUUCAGAGAUUUUUUUCCCUUCACUAUUUAUGUCAAACAAUUCAGUUACUUAUUUUUUUGCAUGUUUGUCACACUUAAAGGUACUCCAUCAUCAAACAGAUUUAAAUAUUUCUCAUAGACAACACAAGUAAACACCAAAUGCAGUUUUAUAAUGGUUUUUAUUAUUAAGGGAGAAAAAAAAUCAAAACCUACAUGGCCCUGUGUGAAAAAGUCAUUGGCCCCCCGUUAAAACAGAACUGUUGUUUAUCAUACUUGAAUUCAAUUUCUUUAGCCACACCCAGGCCUGAUACUGCCACACCUUGUUCUCAAUUAAAGAAAUCACUUAAAUAGGACCUGCCUGACCUUAAAAGCUAGACAUCAUGCAGAGAUCUAUAGGAAUAAAUGAGAGAACAUAAUUGAGGUCUAUCUGUGGAAAAGAUUAUAAAGCCAUUUCUAAAGCUUUGGGACUCCAGCAAACCACAGUGAGAGACAUUUUCCACAAAUGGUGAAAACAUAACAGCGAUGAGCCUUUCCAGGAGUGGCCGGCCGGCCAAAAUUACCCCAUGAGCGCAGAGACGACUUAUCCAAGAGGUCUCAAAAGACCCCACUAACAACAUCCAAAGAACUGCAGGCCUCAGUUAAGGUCAGGAUGCAUGACUCCACCAUAAGAAAGGCAAAAAUGGUCCAAGACGAAAACCAUUGCUGAGCAAAAGCAACAUUAAGGCUUGUCUCAAUUUUGCCAGAAGACAUCUUGAUGAUCCCCUAGACCACAGAUGUCAAACUGGUGGCCCGGGGGCCACAUCCGGCCCGCCACGUCAUUUUAUGUGGCCCGCGAGAGUCUGGAUCGACUUUGUUUCUUAAAAAUACCAAAAUUCCAAAUUGGCUUCACUUUUAAAAAUAUUGAGAUAUUGCAAGCAUUUUUUGUUACCAACCCCCCUUUAAAAUAAAAUCGAUUGAUACUGUAGUUGAACAAACUGUUUUUACUGGCUUCUGAUUUCAAAAGUAAAUGACUGUGGAGUGCCCAAGUCAAAGUCCAGACCUGACUCCUAUUGACAUGCUGUGGCAUGACCUUAAAAAGGUGGUUCAUGCUUGAAAAUCCUCCAAUGUGGCUGAAUUACAACAAUUCUGCAAAGAUGGAUGGGCCAUAAUUCCCCCACAGCGCUGUAAGAGAUUCAUUGCAAGUUAUUGCAAACGUUUGAUUGCAGUUGUUACUGCUGAGGGUGGCCCAAGCAGUUAUUAGGUUUAGGGGACCAUCACAUUUUCACACAGGGCCAAGUAAGUUUGGAUUUUCUUUUCUCCCUUAAUAAUAAAAAACAUUUAAAAAUGGCAUUUUGUGUUUACUUGUGUUGUGUUUGACAAAUAUUUAAAUGUUUGAUUUAAGUGUGACAAACACUCCCCAAAAAAAAAAACAGGAAGCAAACACUUUUUCACAUCACUCUUCCUCUCGGAGAUGGAUCACCAGUUCAGCAUCAUUUCAGGCAUAAUUUUCAUUAGCUGGGCAGCACAGUCACCUAGUGGUCUGUCUCACAGUUCUAAAGUUCUGGGUUCGAAUCUCCACUUCGGGUACUCAGGCGGUCGGCCGACUGGUUAUAACAUCUGCCUUCUGAGGACCCGGGUUCAAAUCUGGCCUCGCCUGUGUGGAGUUUGCAUGUUCUCCCCGUGCCUGCGUGCAUUUUCUCUGGGUACUCCUGUUUCCUCCCACGCAUGGUAAGUUAUUUGAAGACUCUAAAUUGCCCGUAGAUGUGAAUUUGAAUGUGAAUGGUUGUUUGUUUACAUGUGCCCUGCGAUUGGCUGGCCAGGGUGCACCCCGCCUCUCUCCCAAAGAUAGCUGGGUUAAGUUCCGCAACACUAGUAAGAAUAAGCGGUAUGGAAUGGAUGGGUACUCCAGCUUCCUCCCACAUUCCAAAAAACAUGCAGGCCAGGUUAAUUGAAGACUCUAAAUUGUCCAUAGAUGUGAAUGAGAAUGUGAAUGGUUGUAAGUCAGCUGGGAUAGGCUUCAGGUCACCCUAUAGAAAAAGAAUGGAUGGAUCUUUAUUGGCUUUCAAGUUUAGCGGUUUUGGCUUUGGCUUGUAACACAUUGGCUCUAAACAGGCCUUAAAGUAACUGACUAAAUUAAAUUAUUUAUUAAUUUAGUUAACUUUCCAUUAUCAUUUCCACACAAAUAUGAUUGGAUAAAUGUGAUUAAAUAUGAAUUUCCUUAUUUUAAGUGGGCACUUGUACACUCAUUUUAUACAUUGUAGUGCAGUUUAAAACGAUUCAAAAGUUCAGCUAGGGCUACCAAAUCUAUGGAGUUGCUCCAAACUAUCCAUCCAUCCACCGCUUAUCCUGAAACAGUAAUGACUUGCUAUUUAACAGUAUUGUUUGAGGUGGGAGGAAAAAGCAGUGUACCAUAUUUUUCUACAGUCGUUCACUGUUGUAAAGCAGAGUCAAAAUAGUUAAAACGACUAAAAGGACAACAUUUCCAGAGACAUGAGUUGUUGUUAACUUGUUACACAGCUACCAUCUUGUCAUAAAGACAAUUGUCCUCACUGUUUUCUUGAGUUUGAAACAUGUGAACGUGUGUUUUUCUGCAAACCUGACAUCAAGAGUCACUGCUGUUGGAUUUUUUUUUUAGUUUUAAAACAAAAGGGUGGCGCUUGCCUUUCCGUGAUACACUAAGUCAAUAAACUACCGUUGAGAGGA